AUGAGGUGGAACCUAAGGGAGAAAGCGCAGUGCCAAGACCUGGGCGCCACGGACAAUCUCAACCGGAAGAAGGCACGUCCCCUCUUCCAGGCCACGUCCCUCGUCCUCUUCCACCAGACGAGACUCGCGCAGGCCCAUAUUCCAAGGUCUUUCAUUGGCCCAACAUUGCGGUCCCGCAGGUUCUGGACCCUCCAAGAGCAGCUUGCUUUCCUCACGAGCCGAGGCGACCCGUUUCACGCUCCMGAGAAGCAGAGGGGAAAUGGGACAUGGMUAGUGACAGARUUCGUGCUGGUGGGAUUCUCCAACCUUCCGCACCUGAGGACCACACUCUUCGCGUUGUUCCUCCUCACCUACCUGGUCACCCUCAGUGGCAACGUCACCAUCAUCACCAUCAUCCAUGUGGAUCGAACGCUCCACACACCCAUGUACCGCUUCCUGGCGGUGCUGUCCCUCUCUGAGACCUGUUACACGCUGGUCACCAUCCCCAACAUGCUGGCCCACCUGCUGAUGGAGAGCCAGGCCAUCUCCAUCUCGGGCUGUCGGGCUCAGAUGUUCUUCUUCCUGGKYYUKGGWUGYARCMACUGCUUCCUCCUUACCCUGAUGGGUUACGACCGGUACGUGGCCAUCUGUCAUCCCCUGCGCUACUCAGUGAUCAUGAGACCCACCGUUUGCCUCUGCCUGGGAGCCUUGGUUUUCUGCUCUGGGUUCUCGGUGGCCUUGRUCGAGACCUGCAUGAUCUUCUCCUCGCCCUUCUGCCGCGGAGGCCGCGUGGAGCACUUCUUCUGCGACAUCGCCCCGGUGCUGCAGCUCAGCUGCGCAGACAGUGCGCACAGGGCGCUGGGCAUCUUCUUCCUGAGCGUGCUGGUGGUGCUCUUCUCCUUCCUCCUCAUCCUCCUGUCCUACGCCUUCAUCGUGGCGGCCAUCCUGCGGAUCCGCUCGGCCGCCGGCCGGCGCAGAGCCUUCUCCACCUGCGCCGCGCACCUCACGGUGGUCGUGGUGCAUUUUGGCUGCGCCUCCAUCAUCUACCUGCGGCCCGACUCUGGGGCGAACCCCGCCCGGGACCGCCUGGUGGCUGUGUUCUACACGGUGGUGACGCCGCUGCUCAACCCCGUGGUGUACACUCUGCGCAACAAGGAGGUGAGGGUGGCGCUGAAGAGGAGCCUGGAGCGCAGCGGCGGGCUUUCAAGAUGA